ACUCCCCUAUGGAGAGCGCCCCAAACUGCGACAGAUCGCACGCUUCUAAAGAAUUACAACAGAGACGGUGCCACCCCACUUCGUUUCAACCCUCUGUUUACACAGGUUGCUGGAGUUCAAGCAAACCAGUCUGGUAACAAUGGACAAUUCCGAAUUUCAAUUAGUCAAAAUGGCGCUCAACCUGCGCAGGAAGCGACAGUGGAUAAAACUGUGUUCAGUCUUCCUCGUCGCCGUCGUUUUGUGCUCUUUAAAAUAUGCUGGCGUGUUAAUCUUCCGGCGGUCUAGGUACAUUGCAAGGGAAGGCUCAGACGUGUCGAUACGGAGUCCAACACUAAGGUUUUCAAGUGAAAACGGGGGAACAGGUCGAUACCUGGUGAGGGAGGCGGGGCACGUCUGGCCCAAACCACGACAACAGGUGUCCACAGCGGACGUGUUUGUCCUCAGAAGGGGCACUUUCAACUUCACCUAUGCACCUGGGUCACAGCAUUGUGAAAUACUGGAUCUGGCCUUUGAGCGGUAUACUGAAAUCAUCUUCAGUAUUGGUGAAGCUGCCACAAGUAGGAGGUGUGAUGCUGACACAACCUGUCCACGAGAACUCAAUGUGCUCGUGGUCAGCAUUAAGGAGCCUUGUGAGGGGGCUUCUCCACACCUGGACUCCAAGGAAAACUAUGAACUGACAGUGUCCAGAGAGGGUGUCAAAUUAAAGGCUGAUUCUGUCUGGGGUGCCCUUAGAGGUUUGGAGACAUUUUCCCAGCUGAUAUACAGAGGUGAACAUGAUUUGUACACAGUGAACAGGACAGAUAUCCAAGACUUCCCCAGGUUUCCACACAGAGGUGUCUUACUGGACACAUCCAGGCACUUUGUACCGGUCAAGUACAUCCUGCAGAACCUGGAUGCAAUGGCCUUCAACAAAUUCAAUGUGUUCCACUGGCACAUAGUGGAUGAUCCUUCCUUCCCAUAUGAGAGUGUUACCUUCCCUGAACUUAGUAAAAAGGGGGCAUUCCAUCCUGACACACAUGUGUACACUCAGAAGGAUGUGAGAACUAUCCUGGAAUAUGCCAGACUCAGGGGGAUAAGAGUCAUGCCAGAGUUUGACACACCAGGUCACACCCUGUCCUGGCGCCAUGGGCAGCCUGGCCUACUGACUACAUGUUACACAAAAAGUGGUAAGCACAGAGGUGCCUUUAACCCUGUCCAUGAAGACACCUAUCAGUUCAUGGGUAAACUGCUAAAGGAACUCAAGGAUGUUUUCCCUGACCAGUUAGUGCAUCUGGGUGGAGACGAGGUCAAUUUUAAUUGUUGGAAUAAUCAUACAGACAUUGCAAAGUUUAUGGAGAAACAGGGAUUUCAUUACUAUGCCAAGCUUCAGUCCUACUAUAUACAGAGGAUGAUACAGAUUGUGGAAUCAUUGGGUAAGGAAUCAGCAGUAUGGGAGGAUGUCAUUUGUUCUGGUUCAAACAAUGAUCCUUCCUUUCACUGUCAACCUGAGGGGAGUGUACCAAAGAACACAGUUAUACAGGUGUGGAAGCGUGGUAACUGGGCUGGGAAGAUGGCACAGGUGACCCAACGAGGUUUAAGAACCAUCCUGUCAGCCUGUUGGUACCUGGAUUUAAUCAGUCUGGGGGAAGACUGGCCUCCCUACUACAGAUGUGAUCCUCAUGCCUUCAGUGGGACAAAGGCUCAGAAGGACCUGGUGCUUGGAGGAGAGGCAUGCCUUUGGGGGGAGUUUGUGGACUGGACUAACCUGCUUUCCCGGCUAUGGCCCAGGGCUAGUGUGAUAGCUGAGAGGCUGUGGAGUUCUGAGGACACCACUGAUAUGGAUGAUGCUUCGGUUAGGCUAGGUGAACACAGAUGUCGCAUGGUUAGGAGAGGCAUCCCAGCACAGCCCCUCCAUCCCAGUGCUUGUCCUUUUGUACCCGUCUGAGGCAGCCAUGGACAACUGGACAGAAUCUGAAAAACAUAUCUUUUAAAAGUUAAUUUCUGGAUGAUUUGUGAGAUGACGUCAAUAGUUAUGAAAUGGUUUAUGUAAACUUUGUGUUCCCACAGAAAUUUGUAAAGACUUCAAUCAAUAAGUUAAGUUAGAGUAUGUACGUUUCAACACUUCUAUUUGUAUAUUAUGAAAAUAUUCUGCAACUUUGUUAGGUUGAUGUAUUAAGAAGAAAAAACAUAUUAAGAUAUAUCAGGGUAGCUAUAACACUCUCAUUUGGGUGAUCAUUUUGUCUUGACACCAAUUUUAAGCAACGGAUGAUUGUAUUCUACCUCAGGCAUAUAUUAAUCAACAGAAAGAGCCAUGUUCAUGAACUGUCCCAUAUUUGCCAAUUUCAAGUCCAAAGUCAUGCAUUUAUAUGGUACUACAGAACAAUCCAUAUGGAUUGACCACUGGCUACAGCAAUGCAAUGCAAUGGGAGAAUUUUGCUCUAGGUUUAUCUGCAUGCCCAUAGAACAUCCCACGCAUAGCUUCAAACUAUAAUGCAAUCCGUCAAAAACUUCCUCCGAGUACAACUGUGCCAGCAGGUAUACAAUUCCCUAUUAGUCAUUGAAUUUGCCUGGCUUUUUAUAGUCCACAAAUCUCAAUUGGACGUGCAGGGACUGUGCUAUGGGGCACGUUGGCCUGUAUAUGACACAGAAAGCAUUACGAUGGAAAGACUUUAUGUCCCAAUUGAAAAAAAAAAUUCCUAAAAGGAUAUAAAACAAGUUGAAUGAUAAUAGUGCCUGGGGGAAAUAAAAUGGCUGUCACGAGUAGAGGAUGCUGUAUAAUUUCCCUGGUAGACCCAGCUAUAAGAAAUGCUUGGUAAGUUCUAGAUUUAGUAUUCUGCUAAAGGAAGUUUUUUUUUCCAAUUUUGGGUUGGGAUCCUUGAAGGUGCACUCUGGCUCAACAUGCACUGUAUUUCAAUGUACAACCUUCACACUGCACUUAUGAUACAAUAUGUAGAUUAGAUAUUGGACUGGGUACUCGUGUAGCUUUCAUGUCCAUGAUUCUUUUAAGUCUUAACAUCAAUGACACAUGAAUGACACCACACAGACUUGGCAGAACAACACAAUGGGUUUGUUUAAUGGAAUCCAGGUGUAACCACAUGCAUGAUUGUAUGCUGAUCUUACAAAAACCCAAGUGUCAAAGCCUUUUUUGUAAGUACUAUAAUACAGCCCACCACAAUAAAUAGUUACAGCAAAAGUAAUGGGAAUACCAGAAACUUUGUAAGUGAACGAACGUGUAGGGACUAGAAGGAAGCACUUGCUUGGAUGCGCUUUCAACAGUGGAAAAUGAUUCCCUAGGAGAGGGUCGACAAGCAAGCUUGCCGACAA